AUGGACAUGGAGAACUUAAACGAGGAACAAGUGCAGCAAGAAGUUAAUGCAAGCUGUGCGGGAGGCAUGGUGGCAGACAGCUCUGGGAAAAACCAAAUCCUCUUAAAAUUGCUGAAACCAGACCCACACGGAACGCAGUUUGGCAUUCUUUGUUCCAGCGCCGCCCUGGUAGUGAAUAGUACAGAGAGCGAGGCAAUGGAGGUCAAUAUGCCUACCCACAGUAGUAAUGUGCUUGGCCCCUCAGCUCGCAUAAUGCACAGUACAGGAAUCGCAUUGGAUACUAAGCGAGCAGGCUUGGAGAUGGAAGGGUGUAGGGCCCUACACAACAAGGAGUCUGAGGUGCAUCCCAUAACAGUGCUCAAUCCAGCGCUACCGCCGGAAGCAACUCAGGAAGGCAUUGACAGAUCUCACGAUUCCACGAAGCAGCUAGAUCGCCAGCGGCUGGAACACCAGGUGGCCACGGUGUGUAGUAAUGCAGUCGCUGGGACGUACGGAAACCCAGGCCCCAUUCCUUGGGCAAUGCCCCGCAGGCUUCUUUCUGUAUAUGCGGCAUCAAGCUGCAAUAGUCCUUCUCCAUGUUAUUUUCUUAAAAAUAUUGAGCGGCCUUAUUGGGAUAUUAACCCAGCAGAGACCCUAUGUGACAGCCCGCAAGAAACCACUUGUGUGUUCACCGGCGUACGCGAUGCUGGUGUAACUGAAACCCCCCAGAAAGAUUGUUCAGCAAGGCAAUCAGGUAGAAAUAUGCAAAACCAGAAAGGCAAAGGGCUCCACCAAAGUAGCUCGCGCAAGCCUGGACGUGGUAAGGCUGCCUCAGGAUCCUCGCUGAUGUACAGGGGCGAUAGCAGGACAGGAGAAAAAGACACUCCAUGCCCUUUCCGUGUGCAUGCGUUCCCCGAGCAACGUCAAGAGUCCAUAAGUGUCCCUCAUAUUAUCGGCAAAGCCCCCCAUGAGAAGCACAACAAUGAUCAGGCACGGCAGCAGUGGGUGCCCGAUGCCUGGGGCGCUUGCACUAGCAGCGUUGGCAGCAAUAGCAGCACCCCUAGCCACGGUAGUAAUUGUAGCUUCAAACCAAAAAAAGAUAACAUGAACAACGAUAGCAACAAUUCAGCUGAAAGCAGCACCAGUGAUGCAAAUGGUUGCUACACUACAAGCAACAGUUCCAGCAGUAGACUUAGAACCCAAAAGCUUCCUUGCCUGAAUGCAGAAGCCGAGGCAUUCAAGGGCUCUGUGAUUAGUGGUGGAAACGUUAACAAGCUGUCAGGCGACACGAUGGCAGUAUCUGGGUUUAGAGCUCCAGAGAUCUGGGGAGGCAUAUCGGAAGAGAAGCCUAGGUCUAUCCCCACCGUUCGUUCCCAGCUUUUGAACCAGUGGCCCUCUAUAAGAAGCCCAAAAAGGCUUGAGGGCAGCAGCUAUCGCAAAUGCGGCAGUGACGGCAGCUACAAUAAGGACAAUCAGGCUAAUUGCAAAAGGCAUCAAGGUGAUGGCAGUGCCCUUCUACUCAAGAGCCCCAGGAAGGCCGAUGAAAUUGCUGCUGUUGCUACUAUCACCACCCCUGGGGCUGGUCUUGUUGCUGGACCGCACGAUAACCUUGAAUUCAACGGUGCAUGUCAGAGCCUAUCUGCUCCCUCAACCAGUAGGCCCACUAGUCCCCACAAGCGCCCAAGCCCACCAGAAGACCCAAGGGACCCUCCACAGGCGACACAACCAGAGAAUCUCCAGGAUAAAGCUGUGCUGCAUAUCGCCUCUCCGUAUGAUUCGUCCCUUUGUUUAAAGGGCUCCUGGAGACCCCACAGUUGCAGGCGUGCGCGGGCUUCCCGAAUGGGCCUGGCAUCUGCAGUGGCAGCUCUAAAUGUGUUGUCGCCGUUGGAGCCCCCCGAGAUGUGCGCCAAGACUGUGAAAGCCAACAACGGUGAAGAAGAAUCACAACACAGCGGCUUCAUCAGUGAUCCUGAUGAUGCUCCGAAGAUUUCCGUCGCAACCCUGACUUUGGACACGGCAUCCGCUAUGAGGGAGGACCUCCCGCGGUUAUAUGAAGUGGCAGGUAUAAGGGACGCCUCGCAAGUUAAUCUUGUUGAUUCAAUUGAAUUGAUAAUGGAUAGAUGCUUAGGACCUCGGUCACUAGAGGCUCUAGGAGCAUUCUGCUGCCUGCGGCAGCUGAGGCUUGUACGGCAACAAAUAACCAGUCUUGAGCACAUCGGCGUUUGCAAGAACCUACAAGUCCUCCACCUCCCAGAGAAUCGAAUAAGCAGUCUGGAUGGCCUCGAGUCAUUGAAGCUUUUGGAGGAUCUAGACCUAAGUGUCAACCGUAUAUCUGCCUUGGAAGCCCCAGCAUAUCGCACAGAUUUAGGGGAAGUCAUUCAGCAUCCCAGUGAUGGUCUACUUAAAAACUUUUCUGUAGGACCACUAAGCGCUCUCCAGCGGUUGCAAACUCUAAGGCUCAACAGUAACAGGGUGAAAACCCUAAGAGGCAUCGAGCGUCUUGUGAAUUUAAAAGAGAUGCAGGUUGCCGACAACGAGCUGACGCACGUGGGUGCCUGCCUCAGCAACAACAAGAAGUUGGAAAAGCUGAAUGUUGCAGCAAACUACAUUUGGUCCCUGCAGGAGGUGGCCCUCCUCUCUCAGCUCCCUUGCCUCCGUUCCAUCCUCUUUUCUGACGUUCAUUUCCUCUCCAAACAAAAUCCGAUUUGCAGACUCAAAAAUCAUGAGAUGUUCACCCUGUACCAUAUUCCGCAGCUACAGGCUUUGAACCAAACCUUGCUUGACUCCAGUGAUAUCACCUUUGUGUCCUCGACCUAUCAACGCAAACGGUUAUACUACUUACUAGAACAACAGCAAACAAGGCGAGAUGCUAGAGAUGCACUGAAGGAGCUUGAACGUCUACACAGUCAGUUUAGGCUGGUGGUCAAGGAGAGCAGGAAGUUCAAUGAUUUGAUGGUCACACGGCGGAAGCUGUGCGGGGGAGCAUCAUUUUUUCGAUGGGCAGCUGCUGAAACACGAAAGCGGCGUGAUACCAUCUUACAUACCCGAAGAUACGAGCUGGAAAAAUUCGGGAAUCUUUAUUUUGAGUUGGGUGACCCUACAAAGACCUGGUACCGCCGUGCUGCAGAGUGCUUGAUUCACUCUUUCUCCCCCGACGACUUCUCAGCUUUUGGCUUUAAAAGUAUUCGAGUAAUUAGCGUCCACAGAAUCGUAAACAGGGAGGCCGAUGUGGCCUUUGAACUCAAAAGAGCUUUACGGUCUCCGGAGAGCGCUGAGGAAUGGGUUCUGUGCGGCACAGACCCAAAUCAUCCUGUUGGACUUCUCAGACAAUGCACGAGUAACAUGUUUGGGAAUUUAUUUGCUUACAAGGGACUCCAGGAAACUCCACUGCUAUUUGUUUCCAAUGGUCUAGCGGAGACUGACUUAGCCAGACUACAUUCUCUUGCUGCAAACGAAUCUUUUCAAGCCAUUGCAAAACAAACUCUCCAGCUACGUCAAGACCAGUCAGGUGUACAAAAAGAAGUGCCCCUUGCUGUUGGUGCUCGCAAAUGUACAGGGCACACCCAACUCUCCCAAGGCCAAGAGGAGCGGUCCCCCCUCUCAUUAUUGCAGCAAGCCGUUAGAGACUAUCAAAUGUUGCUACCAGAUGGCGAAGUUCUAUUGUGCCGGGCUCUGCUGCACAACUCUUUGCCGGAUACGCCGUUGGGCUACAGAGCAGAGGAAGCCCUUAUAAUGAAGGAGCGUGGUCCUUCAGAAGGAACUACACACAAAGUUGUGGAACUGCGCCUCACAGUUGCUUGCCUACAACUAAUCCAUUACUGCAGCAACAGUGGGAAUACAUGCAGGGCAUUCGUGGUUGCUGACAGCCCUGGCAAAACAUCCUUGUGGUUGUUUGAACCUCACUGCCUCGUACCGCACUUUCUUGUGCGAUUUUCAUACUCUCACGAACCAUCUGGGCUUGGUCCCCAUACACCUCCUGUUACCUCGAAUGCAGUAUCGUCAAUACCAAGACCGGCAUCUCCAACCCGAGCAAGUGAAGCAAAUGCAGGCCCUGCAGCAUCAGUGAAAACGCUAGCACCACCACAGAUUGCUGACACACUGAGAGAGAAAAGCUCCGUAGUGCCAGGAGUACUAGAACCUGAAGGAUUGCAUACAGAGCCUUCAGGGGGCUGCCAAGACCAUAAUAGUGCCCAAUAUCAGCCGUCUCGAGGGAACCACAGCGGUAUACCACCACAGGUUGGCGAAGCAUCGCCAUUUUGUGAUCUCAUCAGCAUGGCUAAAUACCUAAUGGCACUUCAUACACGCGAAUCGAACUCGUGUAUGUCACCACGACAUCCAUGCAAAGGAAUGGUCCAGGGCCAGAAGACUCCUGAGGCGUCCGAUGAUAGCACGAGAGCAUUUGGUACCAAUUGUUCCGGCAUUUCCAGAACCUCAGGAGAAAUUGUGUUUGGCGAAGUCCAGCUGCGAGAACUGCUUCUGCAGAACAUGACUGCAAAACCUUCACGUCUGAUUGAUUCUUCAAUCAGCUAUCAGGAGCCUUCGACGCCGAUGGAUAAGGUUGGAGGAUCCGAUGGGUGCAAAGUUCAGCUUGACCGAAAUGAUAAUAUCGUGUCCCUGAGCCUCAGCAGCAGAGCCCAUCUUAUUGCUUUGAGCAGAGGGGUUCUACUGACUUUCCUGAAGCUGCGGGUACUUUUGCUGCCUCUCAACGGCCUGCGCAACUUUGAGGCCCCUUGUGAGUCUAGGAGGACCAGCAGCCUCUUAGAUUCUCCAACGGCCCCCACCACAGCUGUGUUGAAGACGGGGUCCCACAUCGAACUGCCCCAGCUGAGGGUGUUGGACUUAAGCUUUAAUGAAUUGUGCAUCCUCGACGGGUUUUGGAAAGCCCCACGUUUGCAGCAGCUUUGCCUUGUUGCUAACCAUCUUCUGCUGAUGUCCGACCUAGCACCCCUUGGCACCGCUGCUCCGCAACUGCGGCAAUUGUGGCUAGCCGGGAACCCCUUGCACAUGGGCCCUUACACAAACCAGCACUUGCAGCAGCUACUGCCAGCGUUAGAGCUGCUUGAUGGACGAUAUCUGCACAACCCACAUGCAGAGCCUCUAUGUUCAUCAUUGAACUUCACGUGGCCCUGCUUUCUGGGGGAAGAGGAUGCAUUGGCGGUUCCAGCUAGUGCAGAUGCAACGGACACUCUGAUGCAGCAACAGCGGACAAUGGUCGUAAAUGGGCCGCAUGGUUGGGCACUUACAGCAGCAGUACAACACCCUGUCCUCGAAGAAUAUCAUAUACAAAGAUAUUGUACUUGCAAGGCGGAGGACGCACAGCUCCUUGCGUGUUCUUAUGUGAUGCUAAAAAUGGGGCCAACAGAGACUCUUGGAGCUUCAACGGCAUUGGAAGGUCUAGACCCGCUGCCUGGUUUACUGGGUUUGUCUCUUCUGGAGGAACUGCUCCUGGACGGGAAUGAGAUAGCGAGCCUUGACGGGAUUGAGUCACUGAACCACCUGGAGUGUUUUGAUAUUUCUCAUAAUAAAAUAGUGAUGUUUCCUCCAGGUAUGCAACACUUGAAGCGUUUGGUGUUCCUCUGUGCCGAAGGCAAUAGACUGCAGCAACUGGAGCAUCUCGAUGGACUCCCCGCACUUACACAACUCUACCUCGGCAGCAACAAUAUUCAGAACUUUGGAUCCCUCAUGCACCUUUCUCGGUGUCCAUCUCUGCGUGUGCUGGACCUCCGCAACACACCAUUGAGCAUCGAGGCAGAGUACAGACCCUAUUCUUUGUACCUCCUUCCUUCUCUGAAGGUUUUAGAUGGAGUUGAGUCGCGACAAGAGGAGGCCGAAGAGAUAAAGCAGGAAUUUGCGGGGAGGCUUACAAGAGAGCUCCUCGAACGGAUUAUUGGAAAGUCCCUUCCAUGCCUUGAAGGGUAUGAAAAUCUUAGAUCUACCGAGCUUCACGUGGCACACAACAGGAUCGACAUUGUUGGAGGGGGUCUAGGCGGCAUUGAUGGCCCAGGGCUAUUGUCUCUGCCACUCUUAGAACACCUGGAUCUAAGCUACAACUCCCUUCGGCAUUUGAGGGGCUUAGCAUGCGCACCCCUUGGGUGCAUUCGAAUUCUCGAGCUGCGGGGAAAUGGACUCUCCAAAAUAGAGGGUCUUACAAGCUGUUGCCGCCUAGAAGUGCUUGACCUCAGCGAUAACCGACUAAGGCGGAUAGAACCAGAGGGCUUUCAGGGCGCAAGCGAGACUUUGCGUUGUCUAGUGCUGGAGAGGAAUGGACUCAGAUCUUUAUAUGGGUUUCCUUUUCUCCCUAACUUGGAAGAACUGAGGAUAGGACAAAACAGAAUUCCUGAUUUCACGCAAACCGAAUGCCUUAUUCCGUUGCCAAAUCUCAGAAUCAUAGGCUUUCAGCAAAAUCCUGCAUGUCAGCGACGCCAGUGGCGCGCCCUUCUCUCUGAACAACUGCCCCAGCUUCGUACAAUAGAUGGAGAGCCAAUCUCCCCUGAUGGGACUUCUAGAAGGCCUUCCCUUGGCCCAGCUGAAGGACCAUCCAGGGUUCACGAUACGUGGGAACCUCUUCAGACAUUGCCAAAUGAGAAUACAGGAUCAGCACUUGAGAGGCCCGCAGGUCGUGGAAUGUCAAAACAGAAGCAAGCGCAAGCUAUACAUGAUAUGGGACCUCUCAACCUGGGAGUUGUGGGCAUAGGUACUCCAAGUAUUCCUUUCACCGAUGGAACUGGCUCCCUGCUCUCACGGCGCGAGUCUCCACUCAAGCCUUCAGGCACGUGGCGGCAUACCCCGCAUUUACGACAUCCUUUUAAGUCCAUCCCACAACUCAAAAAUUUUGGUUUUCAUUAUAUGGUUUUGUAA